UCAUACUGACUCUGACUACAGACUUACCAGCACAUCUCAGCUCUCAUCCUUCACGGGCUCAUUGUUUGGGAUUGCCUCCUGUUAUUAAGAUGUGUGUAUCAUUCCUUAUGGUCCUGCUGGUGGCACUGUACCAUGUUAGUGCUUACAACCAGCAGGUAAACAUCGGGACUCUAAUGGAUAAUGUUCUGGUCCUGAGGGUUCCACAUAAUCAGCACUCCAUAGUCAAUGUUCCUCUUACCUGUGGAGAAGCUUAUCAGAACCAGCCUGUGUUUUGGAAGAAAAAUGAUGAGGAGCUCAACCCUGCUCUGAAGGGUAACCAGGUCAGUGUGGUGGUAGAAGAGAUGGACGGAGGGAACUUCACUUGUCACCUCAACAGUCCAAAUGGUCAAUACCUGAACCACACUUUGGUCCUGAUCCAGCCGGAAGGGAAUACCAGAACUGUCAUACUGGAAGAACAAUCUCCAGAAGAAGGUCACAUCCACUGUACAACACCGAACUACAAAGGCUCCUUUCACUGCAGCUGGACAAGAAAAAAAUAUACAAACAACGUCUCUGUUCUUCUCGUGAAUGCAGAACGCUCUUCAGAAAAGAUCCCCUGUGAGUUGGAGGCUGAUGGCUCAGGAAUUCACUGCCAGGAUACCGGCUGCCCGUUCAAAGAGGAACAGCAUCGCAUCUUCCUCACCAUUUACAUCCGCAGCUUCUUUCACCUGGAAGUGUACACGAAGGCAUUCUAUCUCAGAGAGAUCGUGCGCCCGGCCCGCCUCGAAAACCUGCGCAGCGGUGACGACGGUGUGUUCAUCUGGGAAUACCCUGAAACAUGGGAGAAACCGUCCACCUACUUCGGCCUGUUGUUCCAGAUCAAGAUCGUUCGCCACAGACAUUCCUGUCACUCUGACAGCCACAUAAUGGUUAACACCACUGAAGUGACGCAGUAUAAGGUCAACAUCAAAACCAAGAAGUUUGUUUUCUGUGUGCGCGCUCAAGACAAGUACACUAACGGGCCGUGGAGUCACUGGAUCCAGUACACAGUGGAUAACCGUGAGCUGGACCGGUAGCCAGAAUGGAAGACAACUCUUUUUUUUUUUUUUAAUGACUGAAUGAGUACUUAUACAUUAUUUAUUCACAUAAUUUAAAGUACACUGUGAUAAAAUAGCCAUAUGGACUUGUAUUGAAUGAAUAAUCUUCUGGGCUCAUUCUUUUUUCUGUUAAUUAUUUAUAUUUUAUAACUGUGCUGCACCAGCUGCAGAAAUGUAAAGCUGAUGCAUAAAUAAAUAAUCCAUAUUUUGCA